AUGGCUGCAUUUGACAACAACCCAUUCGCCGACCCUGUGGACGUCAACCCCUUCCAGGAUGCCUCGGUCACAAAAGCCACCCGAGGAGCCCUCGAUGAUAUUCGGGAAUACAACCCAUUUGCCACAACUGAACUGAAAGACCACAGUGACACUACUAUUCCCAUCUCAGCUGUUUCAUCUCAACCCGCCAUAUUACAAACUUCAGUGGAGCAGAGUUCACGAGCAUCUGCUGCGGCCAUUGCAGGUCAAGCUAAUCUGAUAAAGCAGCAAGAGGAGCUGGAGAGAAAAGCAGCAGAGUUGGAGAGGAAGGAGCAAGAACUUCAGAACAGAACCACCCAGAACACCGGCGUCAUCGAGAACAACUGGCCUCCUCUGCCUAAGUUCUUUCCUGUGAAGCCAUGCUUUUACCAGGACUUUGAGACGGACAUCCCAGAGGAAUACCGCCGGAUCUGCAGAAGAAUGUACUACCUAUGGAUGUUCCACAGUGCUACAUUGUUCCUCAACGUGCUGGCCUGCCUGGCCUACUUCACAGUGGACUCUCAGUACGGCAUAGACUUUGGUCUGUCCAUCCUCUGGUUCCUCCUCUUCACCCCCGUCUCCUUCAUCUGUUGGUACAGACCCGUAUACAAGGCAUUCAGGUCAGACAGUUCCUUCAGCUUCUUUUUCUUUUUCUUUGUCUUCUUCUUCCAAGUGGCCGUGUACAUCAUCCAGACUGUGGGGAUCCCCAAGUGGGGCAACAGUGGCUGGAUUGCUUCAAUCACCAUGAUCCGCGUAAACUUAGGAGUGGCCGUGGUCAUGAUGGUGGUGGCCGGCUUUUUCACCGUCAACGCUGUUGUGGCCGUCCUCCUUUUGAAGAUGGUCCACUCCAAGUACAGACGUACGGGAGCCAGCUUUACCAAGGCUCAGCAGGAGUUUUCCAUUGGCGUCCUGAGCAACAGAAGCUUCCAGUCUGCUGCUACGACGGCUGCUCAAGGAGCCUUUGGCAGGAACUAA